AUUCCCAAAAUCAUGCAUCGUACAUCUCAGAAUGCCACCAUCCCAUAUGGCUGGCAGAGCGGCUUUGACACUUGUGUGGACAAGAAUCCAGAUUGGCAGCACAUGUUUUGGACUGAUGUCAAUGCGACCGAGUUCAUGCAGACUCAUUACGAAUCCUUCAUGACCACUUGGCAUGCCUACGAGUAUCCUAUCCAGCGGGUAGACGCGCUCAGAUACCAUCUCUUGUGGCAUUACGGCGGCGUGUAUGCAGAUCUUGAUGUUGAAUGCAGGAGCAACCUCGACUUGUUGAUUGACAGCACUGUGAAUGACAUGGCUCUUCUUCCAAGAACCACACCUAUUGGCAUAUCAAACGAUGUCAUGGCGGCGAGCAAGAAUCAUCCAUUCUUCAAACAGCUAAUCGAUGGGCUGGUGCGUGCGAAUAUUGUCUACCCCUCUGGUUACCUCACAGUCAUGGCAUCUACAGGGCCAAUGUUUGUCAACUACCACUUGUCCAAAUAUCUCUCAACAACACAUACUUCAUUGGUCAAGAUCAUUUCACCGGAGCUCUAUCAUGGCGGACCCCUCAGCUUCUUCGGCCACUUGCCUGGAUCAUCUUGGCAUACGCACGAUGCAAACAUUGUC